AUGUGUGACCAAUCAUUCCCCAAGAAGAGACAGCUGGCAGUUCACAAGCGCGUACAUGCCGGCACGCGACCGUACUUCUGUGAUAUUUGCUGUAAAGCAUACACCAAGGGUAUAAAUCUAAGCCGGCACAAACGGAUACACACCGGCGAACCACGACACCGUUGUCGGAUAUGUGGCAGAGAAUUUUUCACUUCUGAGCAAUUGGAUCAGCACCGGCUUACCCAUAAAGAUCAGGCUUACGUUUGCGAUAUCUGCAGUAGGAAGUUUACCGAAAACAGUAGUCUCACGCGACACAAACUUAUCCAUGCAGGUGAGAGAUCGCACAAGUGCGAUAUUUGUGGCAAAGAAUUCAUAGCUAGUGCUGAACUCACUCGCCACAUGCGCAUGGAUACUGGCGAGCGUCCGUAUAAGCGUGAUAUCUGUGGCAAAGGCUACGUAGAAAGAAGCAGUUUGAAACGUCACUGCGAUAUGAAUCUUGCGGAUCAGAUAUUUAGUUGCGACAUCUGUGGUAGAAAGUUUCUUGAAUCUAAAGAACUUACGCAGCACAAACUUAUCCACAGCAAAGAUUGA